GUCGGAAGGAGUUAUUUCUCAACCCGGAAGUACUUCUGUCAGUCAGGCCUGAAAUUAAUACGCAUGUAGAUACGAUAUGAGCUGAUUUAGGAGCAACGAUUCCGUGAAAUCGCGUAAAUAAUGCGUCGCAUUGUAAAACCUUACAUGCAAUAACUUGAUAUUUACUCAUAUUAAAGAAUUCGGGCACGUAAACGUGAGUUUAGUCGCUGGUUAGCUAUCGUUAGCUGUGAUGGCAGCAUCUAUUCCUCCAUUGAUCUGUGCUCCUCCUUUAAGAACUAUGCUGAAUUACAAGCAACGCAAGGCCGCCUCCAGGAAAGAAAGAAGAAAACGUAAACGACAAGCAAUCGCCCGAACGAGAGACUGCGCUGCACAAAGUGGAGCCGUUCUUGAUCCCUCUGAGGAAAUGGACGAUGUGGAUGAUGAAGAUGCCAGUCUUGUUGAUGAGGAAAGGCAACGGCUCCACGAAGAGUGGCUAGAGCGUGAGCGGAUUGCGCAAGAAGAAUUUCGUCUGAGGUCUGAGAGGGAGGAGGCUGCAAGGAAACGGAGAGAGGAUGACGAGCGGAAGAUAAAAGAGGAAUGGGAGGCCCAGCAGAGGAGAGAAGAAGAAGAAAAAGAGCAAAAGCAGCAGGAGAAGCGCGACAGAGAGGAGGCUGUUCAGAAAAUGUUGGAUGAAGCAGAACAUCAGCUAGCGAAUGGAGGACCAUGGAUGAAUCCCGAGGCUCCGUUAACAGAGAAAUCUGAAAAUUAUGGCACAGAGCGAGAUGUAGCCAACUGCCCUUUCUUCCUCAAAACUGGAUCCUGUCGAUUUGGGGACAGAUGUUCUCGAAAGCACGUUUACCCAUCCACCAGCCCCACUCUACUGAUCCGUGCUAUGUUUAUAACAUACGGCAUGGAACAGUCUCGACGUGACGACUACGACGGCGAUGCUUCCCUGGAGCACAGCGAGGAAGAGCUACACGAGUCCUUUACUGAAUUCUACCGUGAUGUUCUACCAGAGUUUAAGACCGUUGGCAAGGUGGUCCAAUUUAAGGUCAGCUGCAAUUAUGAGCCACACUUGCGAGGGAAUGUUUAUGUCCAGUUUGACACUGAGGAGCAGUGCAGAGAGGCCUUCAUCAAAUUUAAUGGAAGGUGGUAUGCCGGCAAGCAGCUUCACUGCGAGAUAUGUCCUGUAACACGGUGGAAGAAUGCCAUUUGUGGACUGUUUGACAGAAAAAAGUGCCCCAAAGGGAAACACUGCAAUUUCCUGCAUGUAUUCCGAAACCCCGGCAAUGAAUUCUGGGAGGCCGACAGGGACCUUCACAUUUCCCCACACCACAGCCUCAAGGGGAGUCACUCGGAGAGAUACUCAGAAAGACGGGGGGACAGAUCGUGGAGGAGUCACCGCAGCAGAAGCCCACCCAGAUCGGAGAGGUCGUACGGCAGACGAGAAGACGACCGACGCAGUGAGAGGAGUCGAGAUAGGAGGAUUUCCCAGCACCAAAGAGACGACAGCAGACGCUCUUUCGGGUCAGUGCGUUAUGACAGGGUUCGGGGCAGGUACCGAAGUCGAAGCAGAGAAAAGUCCAGGAGCAAAAGUCGAGACCGGAAAAGGAGUCGAGAUCGAGACAGAAACUUGAAAAGUCGGAAUAAAAGUGAAGAGAAAGAUAGAAAUGGAGAUGGGGUAAAACACGCAGAAAGAAACAAACCAAUCAGAGAAAAGAGCAAACAUCACAGCCCGGAGAAUGAAGACGAAAACCGAAAUGUUCCCGAAGAGGACAACAAGAGACGUCGCCAUCACAAACACUCGAAAAAGAGCAAAAAGAAAAGUAAGAAGAAGCACAAGAAACGGAGCUGUUCACCUGAAGCGAUGACUUCAUCGCGAGAGUCAGAUGAAGAGACUGUGAACAAACACUCGGCAGAAAGUCCUAGUGGAGAAAAAGCGGAACUCCAUCGGAAUAAUGAUGACUUGAGUGCAAGUCCAAGCGUUGAGUCUGAAAAAAGUUCUGUACCACAAGUUGAGGAGCCCACACAAAGUUCUUAGUGGCUUUUACAAUGAAAUGUUUUUUUUUAAUAUUUAUGUGACAGUGGCUACAGGUCGGGCGGAGUCAUGGCCGUAUUUUCACCGUGACCUCACACAUACUUUCUACCACUGGUAAACAAACCCAUCCGUCAUUUGACCAAGGCAUAGCGCUUGAGAAAACAGGCUGAUGAUGAUUUUAACCUUCUUCUCUGCCACCAUUUGAAGGGUUGACGUGUCAGUUGAGAAGAUGUGAGGUUGAUUCAUAAAAUAGAUGCGGAAUUUCAAACAUUGAGAAACUGGCUCAUUGACUAAGCGGUCGCUCAGAUGUGCUUCUUUGACAGUGAGAUAGAUAGCGUGCUGACAUUAGCUAACCAUUUUAUUUUGAUUAAUGAAUUAUGAUGCAAACCCAACCAAAUGGUGUAUACAUAUCUGUGAGAAAGUAUGUUCCACAGUUAUGAU